UGCUAGUCUAACGUGCACCCAAGCCAUCACCCCACACGUGAAAAAUCCCCGCUCCACCCGCGCCGCGCCGCGCCCAGGUAGUUCAGCCGCGCGCCAACCCAAGCUCGCUCGCCGGCCGGAAAUGGCGCUCCCCUUCCUCCUCCUCCUCGCCUUCGCCCUGCUCUUCCCGCUCUCCGCUCCCCCGCGCUGCUGCUCCGCGGCCCCCGCCUCCUCGCCGCCCCCGUCCCCGCCCCCUUCCCCUGCGGCGGCGGCGGCGGCCCCGCGCCGCACGCCGCUCGUCCCGGCGCUCUUCGUGAUCGGCGACUCCACGGCGGACGUCGGCACCAACAACUACCUCGGCACGCUCGCCCGCGCCGACCGCGAGCCGUACGGCCGCGACUUCGACACCCGCCGCCCCACGGGGCGCUUCUCCAACGGCCGCAUCCCCGUCGACUACAUCGCAGAGAAGCUGGGGCUUCCUUUUGUGCCUCCAUACCUUGAACAGAACAUGCGCAUGGGUGUCGGCAGUGUCGACCUCAGCAACAUUGAUGGGAUGAUACAAGGUGUCAACUAUGCAUCCGCGGCAGCUGGCAUUCUCUCCAGCAGUGGUUCUGAGCUGGGAAUGCAUGUGUCGCUGAGCCAGCAGGUGCAGCAGGUUGAGGACACAUAUGAGCAGCUCUCUCUGGCUCUCGGGGAGGCAGCAACAACUGACCUUUUCAGAAAGUCCGUGUUCUUUUUCUCAAUCGGGAGCAACGACUUCAUCCACUAUUACCUGCGCAAUGUGUCUGGCGUCCAGAUGCGUUACCUCCCAUGGGAGUUCAACCAGCUUCUUGUCAAUGCAAUGAGGCAGGAAAUCAAGAAUUUGUACAAUAUCAAUGUUCGGAAGGUCGUCAUGAUGGGCCUCCCUCCUGUUGGCUGCGCACCUCACUUUCUCUGGGAGUACGGCAGUCAAGACGGGGAAUGCAUCGACUACAUCAAUAACGUCGUGAUUCAGUUCAACUAUGCCCUGAGAUACAUGUCUAGUGAAUUCAUCCGCCAGCACCCAGGCUCUAUGAUCAGUUACUGUGAUACUUUUGAGGGGUCUGUGGACAUACUGAAGAAUCGUGACCGCUACGGUUUUCUGACCACCACUGAUGCCUGCUGUGGGCUGGGGAAGUAUGGGGGCCUGUUCAUGUGUGUUCUUCCACAGAUGGCGUGCAGCGACGCGUCGAGCCAUGUCUGGUGGGACGAGUUCCACCCCACGGAUGCUGUGAACCGAAUCCUGGCUGAUAAUGUGUGGUCUGGUGAGCAUACCAAGAUGUGCUAUCCUGUGGAUUUGCAGCAGAUGGUAAAACUCAAGUAGAACUGAACCAACCCUUAAACUCCAUUGUAGUUACUUGCUCAGCUUUUGUGAUUUUCUGACCAAAAAAUGAAAAACUUAACAAGGCGGCACGGAGAAGUGUAUAUCUUGAGAGCUAGUAAAAUUUUUUCGUAGAUACAGAUUUGUGUAGAAAUACCAUGUUCAUAUGUGGGCACUGCACUGUAAAGGAUCUGUAUGGCCAAACUGCAUGAGGUGCUUGGUAGGUGAACAUAAAACAUUGCUGAGAACUCACCUGGUGUGCUUAACUCCCCAAUUCUCACA